CGCCAUGCAUCCCAACUGUUUCAUGAAAAGGGAGGAAGAGCUCUGCUUAGAGGACAUCCGGAAACUGAUGGCCUUGGCCCCGUUGAACGAAUCGACUCCAGACUGCAAAGGCAUGUGGGAUAACAUCACCUGUUGGAAGCCGGCCUACAUCGGCGAGGUCGUCUACGUCAGAUGCCCAGACCUCUUCAUGAUGCUCAACUUUGAAGAUGAUCUUUGGAAAACGAUGACUCUAAUAGAGAGCCAGUUUGGUGACAUGAACAGCAUGGACCUGCCUACCUUAGGGACCGUCAGCAGGAACUGCACGGAGGAUGGCUGGUCUGAACCUUUCCCUCAUUACUACGAUGCCUGUGGAUUCGAUGAGAACGAUACCUGGUCGGAUGUUGAGCAGGAUUACUAUUACCUCUCAGUGAAGGCCUUGUACACCGUGGGCUACAGCACUUCCCUGGUUUCACUCACCACGGCAAUGGUGAUCCUGUGUCGCUUCAGGAAACUGCACUGUACGCGAAACUUUAUCCACAUGAACCUCUUUGUUUCCUUCAUUCUACGAGCCAUCUCGGUCUUCAUCAAAGACGGGGUUCUUUAUGCCGAACAGGACAGCAAUCACUGCUUCAUCUCGACCGUUCAGUGUAAAGCGGUGAUGGUUUUCUUCCACUAUUGCGUCAUGUCCAACUAUUUCUGGCUCUUCAUCGAGGGCUUGUACCUUUUCACCUUGCUAGUGCAGACCUUCUUUCCGGAGAAGAGAUACUUCUACUGGUACACCAUCAUCGGCUGGGGGACACCCACCAUUUGUGUCACUGUCUGGGCUGUCCUGAGACUUCACUUUGACGACAUCGGCUGCUGGGACAUAAAUGGCAACACGGCUUUGUGGUGGGUGAUCAAAGGCCCCGUGGUUGCAUCGAUAAUGAUCAACUUUUUGCUUUUCAUCGGGAUCAUUAUUAUAUUGGUACAGAAACUCCAGUCGCCGGAUAUCGGGGGCAACGAGUCUAGCAUUUACUUCAGCUGCGUUCAGAAAUGCCACUGCCAGCCCCCCGGGGCUAACCAGCACUCUUGCAGGAUGUCAGAACUAUCCGCCAUUACCUUGCGAUUGGCUCGUUCCACUCUUCUCCUGAUCCCACUGUUUGGAAUCCACUACACAGUGUUUGCCUUUUAUCCAGAGAACGUCAGCAAGAGGGAGCGGCUAGUUUUCGAACUUGGCCUGGGAUCUUUCCAGGGCUUUGUUGUAGCUGUCCUCUACUGCUUCUUGAAUGGGGAGGUGCAAUCAGAAAUAAAGAGGAAAUGGAGGAGCUGGAAAGUCAAUCGGUAUUUUGCUGUGGAUUUCAAGCACCGCCACCCCUCUCUGGGAAGCAGCGGAGUGAACGGGGGAACGCAGCUGUCGAUUCUGAGCAAGAGCAGCUCACAGAUCCGCAUGUCGAGCAUAAAUGCGGAGAACCUGGCGACAUGAGCGCAUAGACAUGACUCCGCCCCACCCCAGGAAAAAAAAAGCUCCUUUGAAAACAAAACAA